CGUAGAUUUCUUGAUUCAUAAUAAAACGAACAUAUGCCAAUAAUAAUGCUGCAUUAUCAGGUAAAGUUGACUCGUCCAGUCGUAUAGAGAAAUGGGUCUAUUGUUGCUUAAGGGAAUUCUUUUAAUGAUAUCAGAUGCAGGUUUGUGUAAAAUAGUUUUUAAAACCUCUUCAACGGCUGGCAAAAUUAACUUCUCUCCGAUAGUAUGCGGUUUUCUGGAUUUUGCUAUAAGCCAUCAUCAUUUCUUUGUGACGUCGAAGCGAACAUUCUGUCCAGUGUAGGUCUCUUCUGAAAUUUAUCUUUGAGUGU